AUGUGGACUUGCGUGGAAAGCCGAGACGGCCAGUUUGGCCAAAUGAUCAGGAAGAUUGUCUUUGGCGACAUUUACGAAAACGAGGAUUAUGCACGACAGCGCAUUCCCAUUCCCAAAAACAUUGAGCUAAAGAUGGGGAAGACGUCGAAACUGGACGAUAUGCGAUCAGUAACUGUAGUUCCGAUGGAGCCCGAAAUGCUCCCGCUCUCCGCCCUCCCGUGUUCUGAAAUUAAGUUAGAAAGGAGCGACAACGAGCUUGACUUUGAAGAGUCGGAAUUGAUGAUCGACGAGAUGGAAGACGAAGACGCUGAAGAAACCCAUGGCAACUCUCUCAAUCUGCUUUCCGCUGAUGACGCUGCCCGACUCACUGAAAUGCUCGUUUCCGCGCAGAACAAUUGCAACCCGCAACAAGAUCUAGUCCUCACCGGAAGCAUAAGUAAUUUGCUGGGGCAAGGAAGGCCGCAAAGGCCACUAGCUCCUGCUCCGGCGAAAAAAACUCCGUCGAACAAUCGAAAGUCGAAAAAUCCCUCUUGGAGCAAACAAAACGGCACUGGAAAAAGGAACAGGAUCGAGAAGGAGCAAAACGGAGACUCGUUGACAAGUCGUUAUCGCGACACUUUGAUUCACAAGUUCGACAAAGACGAAUUGAUCGUCCGUUUGAACCGGGACGAGGUCGACUUCCGGCCUUACUUCGACGAGCAAUUCUGCUUCCUCCGCCUCGUUGUCGUCGACGAAAAAGUCUCGAAUUAUAUUUAUUGCGUCAACUGCAAGCAACUGCUCUGCUUCUUCGCGAUCAACGUCAACUCGGGCGGCAAAGUUCAGACGAACACGAUAAAAAAGCACAGUUCUGUUUGCAAAUCUAACGCGGCGAAUGGCCCCUCUUCAUAUUCAGAAAUCAAUGCUCCUCCUUUAUUAUCAUCUCUUCCUGCUAACUCUAUUUAG